AUGGCUAAGAAAUCUAAGAAGGGAGCCAAAUCUGGCGGAGAUUUCUGGGACGAAGAGGAGAACUACGAGCAACCAGCUGCUGAGGAAUUCGGUGAGGCUGUUCCAGAAUCUACCACAGAGGCUACCUCUGCCGAAGGCGAUGAAUCUGCGGAGCCGCAAGAAGUUGACUUUUUGAACUCUAUUAUAAGCUCAAAAAAGAAGAAAGAGGAAAAAGAGAAGGAGGAGAAGGAAAAGAAGGACGGUCCAAAGUUGUUGAGUAAAAAAGAGAAAGAAAAGUUGAAGAAAGAAGCUGAAAAGAAGGCCAAGAAGGAAGCCGCCAACAAGAAGAAAGCUGAACAAGCUGCCAAAAAGGAGCAGAUCAAAGAAGCAAACAAGCAGAAUGCUGCCUUGAAUGCUGAGAAGAAGGCUGCAUCCACGUCUGCCACUCCAGAACCAGAGGAAACGAAAAAGACUACCAAGAAAGCCGGUAAGAAGGCCCCAGCCGGUCUUCAAGCUUUGAAACGUCAAUUGGAGUUGAAAAAGCAGAUGGAAGAGGAGCAGCGUCGUCUUGAAGAAGAGGAAGAGCAACGUCGUCUCGACGAAGAGAAGGCUAUUGCUGAACAGGCUGCUCAAGAAGAAGCUGCUAGAGAGGCCAGAAGAGAAAAGGAUAAAUUGAAAAAGGAAAGAUUGAAGGCUGAAGGUAAAUUGUUGUCUAAAAAGCAAAGGGAAGAGAAACGGUUGCAGGAACGUCGCCGUGAAUUGCUCUUGCAAGCAGACAAUGUGCAUGUUGUUGGUUUGGAAAAGAAGAAAGACGGCAACACUGGAGAUAAGCCUAAGCGAGUUGUGUACGGCAAAAAGAAGUUCGACAAGCCAAAAUCUUCCAAGCAGAAGUUCACUCAACAAACGGCUGACACCCCAUCCAAAAAGGAAGAGGAGGACGUUGUUGAAGACUGGGAGCAAAUGCUUGAAGAAGAUGUCGCUGAAGACUGGGAGACCGCUUUGAACGAAGAUGCCGAACCAGAAGAGAAGGAGGAGGAAGUUGCCCAAAACGGAGAUGACGAUGAAGAAGUGGCCGAAGAAGAAGACGAGGAGGAUGCGAAGGCCGCAGAAGAGGCUGCUGCUGCCGCCGCCGCCGCUGCCGCUGCUGCCGAAAAGGCCCGCAAGGAAGCUGAGGCCAAGAGAUUGGCAGAGGCUCAGGCAAAGGCCUCUGCUGCUGCAGAGGCACAGAAGAAAUCGUCUACUCCUAGCGACAAGGACUUGAGAUCCCCUAUCUGCUGUAUUUUGGGUCACGUCGAUACUGGUAAAACAAAGUUGUUGGACAAGAUUCGUCAAACAAAUGUUCAAGGUGGCGAAGCUGGUGGUAUUACUCAACAAAUUGGUGCUACUUACUUCCCCGUUGAUGCUAUCAAGAAAAAGACAGAAGUUAUGGCUCAGUACGAGAAACAGACUUUCGAUGUGCCAGGUCUUUUGAUCAUCGACACACCAGGUCACGAGUCUUUCACCAACUUGAGAUCUCGUGGUUCCUCUUUGUGUAACAUUGCCAUUUUGGUUAUUGAUAUUAUGCAUGGUUUGGAACAGCAAACACUUGAGUCUAUCAGAUUGUUGAGAGACAGAAAGGCGCCUUUCAUCGUGGCAUUGAACAAGAUCGACAGAUUGUAUGACUGGAAGGAAAUCCCUAAUAACUCGUUCCGUGACUCGUUUGCCAGACAAGCCAAGUCUGUUCAAAAUGAGUUUUUCACCAGGUUCGAACAGAUUAAGCUUGCUUUGGCAGAACAAGGUUUGAACUCUGAGUUGUAUUUCCAAAACAAGAACAUGUCUAAGUACGUCUCCAUUGUUCCUACCUCUGCUGUCACAGGUGAAGGUGUUCCAGAUUUGUUGUGGUUGUUGCUUGAAUUGACCCAAAAGAGAAUGUCUAAGCAGUUGAUGUACUUGUCCAAGGUCGAGGCCACUAUUUUGGAAGUUAAGGUUGUUGAAGGUUUCGGUUACACUAUUGAUGUCGUUUUGUCCAACGGUAUCUUGAGAGAGGGUGACAGGGUUGUACUCUGUGGCUUGAAUGGACCUAUCGCAACGAAUAUCAGAGCCCUUCUCACACCACCACCAUCUCGUGAAUUGAGAAUCAAGUCUGAAUACAUUCACCACAAGGAGGUUAAGGCAGCUUUGGGUGUCAAGAUUGCUGCGAACGAUUUGGAGAAAGCAGUUGCUGGUUCUCGUUUGCUUGUGGUGGGUGAGGAUGAUGAUGAAGACGAACUUAUGGAGGAAGUCAUGGACGACUUGACUGGUUUGUUGGACUCGGUUGACACAUCUGGUAAGGGUGUGGUUGUUCAAGCAUCCACCUUGGGUUCUUUGGAAGCAUUGUUGGAUUUCUUGAAAGACAUGAAGAUUCCAGUUAUGUCCAUUGGCUUGGGUCCUGUCUACAAGAGAGAUGUCAUGAAAGCCACCACCAUGUUAGAGAAGGCGCCGGAGUUGGCAGUUAUGUUGUGUUUCGAUGUCAAAGUUGACAAAGAAGCUGAACAAUAUGCUGAAGAACAGAAGAUUAAGAUUUUCAACGCAGACAUCAUUUACCACUUGUUCGAUGCCUUCACUGCGUACCAGAGCAAAUUGCUUGAGGUUCGUCGUAAGGAGUUCAUGGAGUACGCUGUUAUGCCAUGUGUCUUGAAAACUCUUCAGAUUAUUAACAAGCGUAACCCAAUGAUUAUUGGUGUUGAUGUUGUGGAAGGUGCUGUUCGUAUCGGUACUCCUAUUUGUGCUGUUCGCAGAGACCCAGCCACAAACACUCCAAACAUUCUUGUGUUGGGUAAGGUUUCUUCUUUAGAGGUGAACCACAAGUCUGUUGAUUCCGUCAAGAAGGGUCAAACCGCUGCUGGUGUUGCCAUGAGAUUGGAAAACCCAUCUGCCGCUCAACCUACAUGGGGCCGUCAUGUCGACGAGUCGGACAACUUGUACUCUUUGAUUUCGAGAAGAUCGAUCGAUACAUUGAAAGACCCUGCAUUCCGUGACUCUGUUUCCAGGGACGACUGGCUUUUGAUCAAGAAGUUGAAGCCUGUCUUCGACAUCAAGUGA